UAGUCAUCCGUCAUCGUUCAUUCGUGGCUGUUGGGUUGAAAGAUUUUUCUCGGCGAGAGCGAACGUCAAUCCGCGUACGUGUUUUGGGUGUGUUUUUAUUGAUGUAUGUAAUGUAAUCGAUUUUGCUUUUAGUUUUCGAACAUUGGUGAAGUUAAAAUUGUGUGUUUUUAAAAGCGAUCAGUGCAAUAGUUAUGAAAAUGUUUUACAAUUUUUGUGACAUUUGCUGCGCAGAGCGUCCAUCGUAAACGAGAGCAAAACAAAGUUUUUUCUCGGUUUGUCUCGUCAUCAAAAUCGGAUCCAAGGAACCUUGGACUGAAGUUUAAUUUUAUCAUCCAGUAGAAAUCCAUUAUUCAGUGAAACCUCAUUGUGAACAAUGUCAAAUAUGCGAAAUUGAAUACAUUUUUAGUGAAAACAACAGAGAAAAUUCUACUUUUUUCCGACCAACUUGGAGCACAAGUCUGCCGCUGUUGAUGCUGUUGUUGUUACCGUGACGUGAAAGUGGGGAGCCAGUCGUCGUCGUCGUCGUCGUCUUCGUUUUUUCACAACACUAUAGAAGCAGCAUUUAUUGUGGAGUAAAAGGAGUGUUUGAGAGACGGUGAAUCUCUCGUUUCUCGACAACGCGAACAAGAAUGAUACCUCCUAGCCUGCAGCAGCAGUGCUUUGUGUGCUUCCAAAGAGAGUAGUGCCGAGUUUGCCAAGGCGCGGCGGUGCAUCUCAAAACAGUGUUCAACGCGCAGUGCCACGGAAAACAUGCUAAAUGAGGGCGACGUGAUUCUUACAUAUUCACAAACAGAAAUGUGAACAGCUCAGUCAAAGGAAGCCUGCGAAGAAACCAAUAAAAGCGAAAAUUGUUGCUCAAUUGAAGUGCUCUUGAAUAAGUCCCGAAUGAUAUCAUUCGCCAAUCAGAAAAACCGCCUUCGUGAUUGCUGUAUUGUAGAGCUCUACUGCUAAUAUCUUGUCGUGGUGUCGAUUCCGGAGCGUGAAGCGUUUUUGUAUGAUUAAUACUUCGAGCGAAAGGCGUAUGUGAAGGUGUCUGGGGUUUGAUGAUUAGUAGGCACUUCGCAGGAGAAGGUCCAAGUACCAGUGUCGAGUGUGACAUGCUUUCUGUGCAUUAAAUGAGACAAAUAUCAAAAGAGAGGAACCAAGAAGAAAGGUGUAUCAGAAGAAUAAUUUGCAUUGAAACGUUGCUACGAACGUGUUCCCGGAAACCAGGUUGCGACGACAGUCGGUCCGCUCGUAGACCCAUUCAUUCUAAAUAGUGUGAUGCUGAUGUUUGCGUGUUUUCAGUCUCCGAAUGAAAUUUGAAUGUGUACGUGCUGCGAUAUAAGUCUACAGCAAAGUUUUUUGUGCAAUUCAACGACGAUCCAAAGUGCCCCAACUCAGAAUGGUUUGUUUACAAUUUGGCAAUCUAUCUCAAUAAUGUUCAUUGGUGGAAACUAGCCCUGGAAGUGAAAUCAAUCAAUGUGUGAUUGUGGGCUAUGUUAGAAUAGAUAUUCCUAGUGAUCGCAGUGUGAAAAGUUGGGAAAUAAAUCAUGAGUGUGUUUAGUGAUUUCCAGCGAAUGUGGGUUCAGCGGUUCCCACAGAGCUCGUUAUCCGAUGCCUGGGAACAAGACGUUAGGGCUAGUUUGGCACGUCACAAGCAGAAGAUUGCCGAACUGACCAAGGAGCUGGAACAGGAAACCCUGUACGUGGAAUACUUGGAACGAUUGCUGAGCGACGUGGAGAAAUUCCGCGAUGCCGGUGGUGAUCCAUCAGCACUAUUUGAAGCCAACACGCCGGCUUCGGCAUCUAAUCUGUUGGCGAGCGGCAAAGAUGAAGAUAAGGAUAAGACAAGCGGCGACGGAGAGGCAGACCAGGGAUCGAUCAUCAAAUCUGCCACCAACCACACAAGUAACGACAAAGGCACCAACGGUGCUAGCACUGCCGAGGAUGAAGCCUCGGGCGAAAAAGACCACAGCACCUCUGCCGGCCUGGUGGCCUUGCGCAGGGACAAUCAGCAUAAGGAUAGUGCACUAAAUCAGUGCAUAAAUGAGCUUACUUCGAAUCUGCAUCAGCGUCGCUGCGUCAGCAGUGACAUUUCAUCCCCCACCAAAUCCUUGUCGAUGUCCUCCUCUUCCUCGCCGACAUCGACAAUGGUCACAUCAUCCUCCGAAAAGACUGGUGUACCAAAUAGUGCCAACAACCCUAGCAAUCAUCCACAAGACAACGCUUCAGAAAGCGAACAAUCCCGCUCACGACGAUCCAGUCAUAGUGAUGCGCUCCUAUCAUCACCCAGUCAUUUUGUAACCGUAAUUGAAGUUAAGGAAUCUUCCGAAAAUGCUUCCAAAGCGGAAGAGUCGCAUCGUAACUCAAGUGCUGCCGCAACACCGGCCCUGCCGGCCAAAGCCACUAGUGACAAUAGCAAUAACAAUCCAACCACAAUCAUACAAUCGACGACCACUGCCCCCGGCAAGCCCAACAAUUACGAAAACGUAUUGAUCAACACUAACCGGGGCAGUUGUGAGAAUCUGAACAACAACAGCUUUCACCAUGGUCACAUGCUGCAACACCAGUUAUCACAGAACAACAACAAUUCCGUGAGUGAACACAGCACGUUCCUGACGGAUGCUGCACCGAAGCAUCCGAAGCCAUCGGCACCACCCAUGGUGGGCUCGUCGAUUGCCGAACGAACUUCACAGCUCAUCGCCGGCGCACAGGACCUCAAGAAGAAGGUUCCACCACGACCUCCUCCGAAGUAUCCUCGAAGAGCGGCGCCGGUGGAGCCUCCCGUUAUUCCUGCAACUGCAAUGCAGAACCUCCGAAGGGAUCAAUCAUCCGAUGGCACCCCGGAUAGCCCCGGAAGUUCCUUGGAACGAAACAUCAAACCUUCGGAGAUAUAUCGACAGAAAUCAUCCGACUCGUUGGAUGUCAAACUAGCUUCACGAUCUUCCAAAGCAUCGGCUGAAUUUACGGAGGAAUUCGGCAAGAAACUACUACCAAAGUCUGAUAGUCUCAAAUCAAAGGCGUCCAGCACGGACAGUCCGACGGGAUCGCUGGGCAAAAAUGUAGGGGCUUCGCCAACUGGAAGCCUGGGAAAGCUGAUCCACACCGCCGGCAGUAGCGACAGUCCCACCGGAAGUUUAGGUAAAAUGAGUCAUCAAGCCAACGACAGUCUACAGUCAGUCGGCUCUAAAGAGUCGUUGGCUUCCGUUGGUGGCGGAACCGGUGCUAUUUCGGAAAGGAUAAAAAGUUACGAAUCCAUAUCGUCACUCAGUUCGGAUAGCAUGCGAGUGGAACCAGGUGCAACGCAAGCUGAAACGGAACACUACUACGAUACGGUUCCGUUGGAGAAUGGAGAUGGCGAUUACGUAUACAUUCAGGCCGGUGGCACUGGAACCGGCUCAACAUCUAGUCGAGACGAUAUAUCAACGGCGGGUAGUACUUUACCUAUGCCGGUUUCGCAUCCGCGAAGUCACAACAGUAGCCAGACGAGCGUUCAGUUAGAACCAGAAUCUCCGGGACGAAGUUCCAACUAUGUCAAUAUUGAUUACUUCAUCCACAGCAGUCAAAUUCACGAACACCGGACCAGUUCAAUCGAUAGCGAUGGAGAGGCCGACGGUGGACCACCAGUACUAAUGCGUGCAAUCUCCAACGAGACAGAUUCCGGUCAAUCAGGACUAGGGAUAUUCCGAAAGAUUUCCAACGCUAACCGCAAUACAAUCAUCCGGCACAUUGUGACCAGUAUUAUUACCAGCGAAACGCUGUACGUCGAAUGUCUGAAUAAAAUGAAGCAAUACAUGAAGGCGAUUCGGGCCACUUUGACUACGUCUCAACCUGUGAUAUCUGAAGAAGAAUUUCAGACGAUAUUUUUUAAGAUCGAAGAAUUGCACGAAGUGCAUUCGGAAUUCCUGAACGAACUGAAGAUCAAACAGCAACCGCUGCCCGAUGGUGAGGAACUUUGCGUCGGAGAAGUGUUCCGACGCCUGGCGAGCCACAUACACCUCUACGGGGCGUUUCUGCACAACUACGGCCGGGCGAUCGAUACGGUGAAAAAAUGCAGUACUCACAGUCAACAGUUCAAGGACAUUGUCUCUAAUAUAGUGUUUAAAAAUCAAAACGAACAAUCACUUUCGCUCGAGGAGCUCCUCCACAAACCGGUGGCUCGAGUGCAGAAAAAUGCGCUGGUGUUAGAGGAUUUGGUCAACCAAACACCGGAACAACACCCGGAUUAUCAUCCCUUGCGACAAGCAUCCAAAUCCAUUCGGAAUUUCCUGUCCGAAUUCAAUGUAGUGCAAACCAAAUCUAUGUUUCCGAGUGACGACAAAGCUCUUCGCCGUUUGGUGAAGAACUCCUUCAUCGUCGAGCUUGCGGAUGGUCACCGGAAGUUAAGACAUCUGUUUCUGUUCAAUGACGUCAUCGCUUGUGCCAAAUAUAAAGCUGCCGGUCGCGAUCGCAACGGCUUCGAGUUUGAGCUGAAGUGGUUUAUUCCGCUGAAAGACAUUGUCAUUUGCGAGGAAUCCGCAAAUGAUCCCAAAGAAGCUAGUCCGAUCAACAUUGUUCAUCUGAAAUCACAAGCGUGUACCGUUCGGGAUCAAAUCAUGCUGGACGAGAAGGACGAAAGAAAGCAACGAGUCAGUGGAUCGAGGGCAGGCGACAAGCAUAGGAAAAAGCUAGCCGAUUUGGAAGCACAGCUGGUACUGGCUUCGCCGAAUCUGGUGUUCAAAAUCGGGAACAAAGCAACGGGAAAGACGAUGACCUUUUUCCUCAGUUCGGACUUUGAGCGGACGCAGUGGAUCGAGUCGAUUUUGAAAUUGCAGCAAUCUUGCAACCUGCCGGGGCAGGUUCCAGUGCAAAUCUACGAUCUCCAAGCGUGGAUAACCGCUUGUCAGGCGCUCAUCAAAACCGAAAUGGGUUCCUACCUGAUGCGAAAUGCUCGCGACGAAAGCUUGCUGGUCGGAGAUUUGCACCUCACGAUACAGAGCUUGAGUGGGUUCGAGCAGCCAUGCGAUCUCUUCAUUUGCGUUGAAAUCGACUCCUACGGACACUACUUCCGGAAGGCGAAGACGAAACUGGUGUGUCGUAGCGCAUCGCCGAAUUGGAACGAGUCGUUUGUGCUAGAGCUGGAAGGCAGUCAGAACCUGCGGAUAUUGCUGUACCAGGAUGAUGUCCAGAGGCCCAUUCUGAGAGCGAAGCAGAUAUUGAAGCUAAGUCGACAAUGGCUACAAGAAGCGCCCAUGACGAAAAUCCUGAAGCUGUCGGAGACACUAGCGCUAAGCACGGUGAUACGAUUUGUCCCCGGAGAAGUAACCCUGCGUCGAGUGCCUACAUCAAAGCCGGGUGCACUGUUUGGUGCAAAGUUACAACAGGUCAUCAAACGAGAGAAACGUGACAUUCCUUUCAUUGUGAGUGCAUGCGUCCGGGAGGUCGAGCGUCGAGGAAUGUCCGAGGUCGGCAUCUAUCGAGUAUCCGGUUCUGCAUCGGAUGUGGCCAAGCUGAAGAAAUCAUUCGAAACGAAUGCCUACGAGGCCGAGCAGUUGCUCAAAGAGGUGGAUAUUCACUCGGUGACCGGUAUUCUCAAGUCGUACUUGCGUGAUCUUCCGGAAGCUCUCUUCACCGAUCAGUAUUACCCGAAGUUUUUUGAAACUUUCAAUCGACAUUCGAAUCUUAACGAGGCACUACGGAUCGACGCGCUGCAGAAGAUUUUCGCUGAACUGCCACCACCGAACAAGGCAACUAUCAAUCUGCUGCUGGAUCAUUUAAUGAGAGUACACCAGCAAGAAAUCGAGAAUAAGAUGUCGUUACACAACCUAGCGAUGGUUUUCGGUCCGACACUUUUACGUCCCGGCCCAACGACGACGAAGCAGAAGGAUUUGCUGGAGUCCAGUACGGCCGAUGUAAUGACCCAAGCCGGCAUACUUUAUAGCUUUCUUCAAGCCAGACUGAAGUGAAUGGACACACAUUUAUUGCAACUAUAUGAUACUGCUGCUGACUACCGAAUGGAUAAAUAAGGGUAUGUAUGAAUACAAUUUACUUUUUCUAUCGUAUUACUGAUAGUAGUGAUAGUAUUUAUUAAGCAUUGCGAGUUAGCGAAGAACGUUAUCAAAAAAGACGGAUUUAUCUAAGUUAGAGUGGUUUAGUUCGGUUUGAAGAGUACCAAAUUGGUCUGAGAUAUCUGCGCUGCUAGACUUCGUUAGCAAACUAUUUCAUAAAAAUGCCAAUCAAUCUUUCUUUGGUUAUUUCUGUCCUUUCCUGCUGAAAGCAGUUUAUAUUUUUCGACACUACCUUGACCAUGAAUGUUUUUUUUUGUGUUAGUCCUAAAAUAUGGAACUGUUAAUUUUAAAAUGUAUUAUAUAUGAGUAACAAAAAAAAUAGUCACCUUCUGUUUUCUCCAUGUAAAUUUUUAUUUCCUUGUACAUUCGCUUUGGUUCUGUAUAUAAUUGGUUUGAACUAGUUUUUAAAGAGAAUAAAACAGUCAUUAUUUUUUCUUGGCAGUUAUUUAAAAAGAUGGCCUUCCAGGCAGAUUAUAGAUGUGUUAUAGAAAUAGUUUGGAAUGAGUUGUUCUGAAAAAUAUAUGUAGCAUAGGUUCGAACACGCGAGAAGUGAAAUUCCAAUACAUUCGCAUUAUUCAUUAUCGUUACAAGCGUAGAUCUAUUAAUCAUGUGUAUUCCUUAAUGCAAUUUACGCAAUUGAGUUAGAUUCUGCCAUUAUAUGUCAGAAUUGACUGCAAAAGUUAUAAUUAUUAAAUUUGAUUAUGGCAAUACAUACAAUCGAGUAUCUUCUUAUAAACAGCCAAAAUUAUUGGAUCCUUGAACGCAACACAUACACAUACAUACACGCAACAUUCGCAUAUAUAUUGAAUGCAAUUUUUUAUAUGCGAAAUCAGUAAGAAUAAGAAAAUAUUCCUUCGACAAGACUUUUUCUAUAAAAAAAAAGCAUCAACAAUAUCGGUAUUUACCAGAGGCAACACUGUAUGCAGCUGUAUGACCCAAUAGCAACAAAACGUAUUAUUAUUAUGUCACUUUAAGACACUACAACACAUACAAUUGCGCUGAGUUUAAAUUGUAGGACCUUUUCCUCCAUGCAUAAGGAAAAUCGCAAAAUAAAGCGAAGUUUUCGUAUUGUGAACAUU